GGCGGAAAAUGAGUUUUUCCGGUUUUGGUGGGAAAUUUUCAUUUUCCGGUUUUGGCGGUAAAAUUACGUUUUUCAGUUUUGGCGGGAAAAUUCUGUUUUUCGGUUUUGGCGGGAAAUGAUGUUUUUCGGUUUUGGCGACAAAAUGUAUAGCAAAAAUAUGUAUAUGCAAAAAAUAGAAUUUACAGUUUGAAAAUAAUAUUUUGAUUUUAAAAAGUCAUUUUUGUCAUUUAUAAUGCACAAAACGAACAUCAAUUUGCAUCUUCACCCAGAUGGAUUACUUGGGUGAGCAAACGAACAGGGCCUAAAACAUAAUCACGUUACUGAGAGGAGAAUUUGGACAUGUAAAAUUCAUAAAGCAAGGAAGAAGUCCUCAGGCGAGAAGUAUGUAAAGUCGUUAAAAACCAAGAAAAAGUAACUCCAGCCGUAAACUAAUUAGAGAGAAAAAUGUCUAUAGACAAGAACAAGAAAAAAAAAAGGUUCGUUAAGGAAUGAUAGGGGCAACGUAGCCAUUAUUGAAAGUGAAUAGUUGAAGUUCCAUAUUUGCAAAUUACGGGAUUAGUGGUGUAUAAGGAGUGCAAAUUCUCAAUUGUAAAGUUGAACUAGAGAUUGAUCCGCGCAUCCGUCCGAGUAUUGGUUCUUACAUUUUAUACAUUGAUGUUUGUUUUUCAUAAUUAGUUUUAUAUAUUUUAGAUGUGUCGUAAUAUAACUAAUUUUAUUCAAAAGAUCUGGAUCGAAUGAGUAAUAUGGUUAUUUUUGGUACAAAUAUCUGAACCUGUUUCACAUACAUUUGUUAGUUAGAUAUUUUUAGGUUCUUCUACAUCAUAACCUAUCCAGACCAAGAAGGACCCAACUCAACAUAUAAAUUUAUAAUAUUCAAGCGGAGCCUAAUUUAAAAAAAAAAUAUAUACCCGAAAAGAAUAACACAUACCUAAAUAGAUAUCAAUUGUUCAUGCCUAACUGAUUAUAUUAACUAAUAAAAGUGACUAUUUCUAUGUGUUUGGCUAAAUUAAGUUAAAUAGAAAGAAUAUUUUAUUUAGUAAAAUAAUUAUAUGGAGUGAAAAAUUAAGUGACAAUAAAUGUAAUACACUUUUAUUAUUUUGAUUUAAGUUAUUAUUUUAUUUAAAAAACAUGUAUUCGAAUUAUGUUUUUGACUAUGUAAUUUUCCACCGAUUGAUACAAAAAAGAAAGUUUUAGUAAAACAAACUAAAUUGAACGUUUAACCAAAUGUAAAACCCAUUUAUUUUACAUUUUUGAUUUUAUAAUUGACACAAAGUUAAUUUUGAUUAACUAAUAAAUAAAAAUUUGCACUAUUAUUAUUAUGGUAAUAUAAUUAAUGAUGUGAUGUAUUGUUAAAGUAAUAUAAUUAAUGAAAUUGUUAAACUGAGUAAAAUAUAUAAAUAUAAUUAAUGUAAUUAUAUUAAUAAAUUUAUUAAAAGGACAAUAUACUUUUUAUAUUACUAUCCAUAUUUAUCAAACAAUUCUCAUUUAUUCAUGUUUCUAAAUAUUAUCAAAAAUACUUCAGUUUUAAUAACAUAGAUGCUUCUGAAUUUUUGUAAAAAGGUAUGAUACUGAAAACCGAAAACAUGAUAUUCCGUAUUCUUUUUUUCUUUUUCUUGCCAACAACAACUCUGUGUUCAUUUAUAUUUAUUUAUUUUGGUAAAAGCUUAUAAUUAUAGAUUUUGUAGUUAUAGUGUUAACAAAGAAGUUUAUUUCUAUUCAUAAUGUAAAACUAUACUUUAUGUUUAUUCAGAUGUAUAAUUGAACUAGAUGAUGUCAAAAAAAAUUGAACUGGAUAAAUUUCUGUUUUUUUUUUUGAGCAACGAUAAAUUUAUGUUUAGCUAAAACAAUAAGACCAUCUUAAAACUUUGAAAGUACUGCUAGAGCGUAGACCAUCCAAUCCCAUAUCAAUGGUAUCUACUAUCUAGCCCGUUGUAUCCCCCUGUCUACCUAAAGCCACCGCUUACGAUAAAAAAAAUUACAUUGGUCAUAGAGCGCUUUGCAUCCAUACUGAGCCGAUACAGCUUUUUACGAACAUUACUAGCUAGCUCGUACUAAAUUAAUAGAGCUGUCCAUUUUUAAUUUGUAUUGUUUUGUAAAAGUGAAAAUAAUUGUCUAAACAUGGUCGACAACUAGAAGACGAAACUAAGGAAAUGUACAUGCAUGGAACAAAGAUGGAAACAGAACGAAAACACGACAAAAAAGAAUUAAGACAAGAUGAGAAAAAGAACAAAAGGACAAAAGAAAGACACACGUGUAUGUUAGAGUUGUGUAUGGUUGAAUUGUAAAGAAAGCACCUGAGCUGUUUAGACAAGACUCAUGGAGAGAACAACUUUAAAUGCUUUUCCAUUAAUUAUCAAGAACCCAAUAUUUUCUAUAAGGCAUAUAUCUUCAUAGUAAUACAAAGUCAACUUCGCAUGCAUGAUGAUGCAUCAAAACUAUAAAAAAUGCAAACAUAUCAUAUGUACUAUGUAUUACUAGUAAAUGUAUUUUAAUUGUGAAUUGUGUGAUUAAAACUUCCAUUAUUAGUUAUUACCAUCCGCUAUGUUUUGUGACUAUUGACGAAUAACUGAGUCACGCUUCCUGCUUUCCAUCGCAUUUUUGCAUACUUUGCGAUAUUUUUUUAAUGAAAAAUAAUCAUUUUGAAUAUUUUUUUUUUGGUAAUAAUCAUUUUGAAUAUAUUUAGACGAAUAGUAUUUAUUUGUGACUGAAUGUAGUUGUUUACGUCAGCAUGCUAACGAAAUAUAUGAUCUUUAAUUCAUCUUCGUAGGAGCUACAUUUUGAAUUAAAAAAACAUACUACAAGAUCCAUACAUAGAGUUAAUGCAUGCCUUUCGAUAUUUACUUUUCCUAGACGACAAAAUAUAUCCUUUAUUUCAUCUUAAUCAUAUUUAUAAUAUACAUAAAUAUGUAGAGAAAAAAAAUAGCCAAAAUUAAAUAACAUCUUACAAAUAUGUGCACAUAUAACUCUCUGAAACUCUAUAUAUUGCGCUACAGCUAGCUACAAUGUUCAUAUCCAUUACAAGCUUCAAAAGAAAUAAAGAACAAAAAAAAAAAUACAAAGAUAAUAUCAUGAGUUCCGUAGCACAGCUAUUCAAGAACAACCCCGUGAACCAUGACCGCAUCAUCCCACUAGACUUCACCAACACCAAAACCUUACCGGACUCUCAUGUUUGGUCUAAACCUGAGCUCGAACCCGAACCCAUGACCCGACCCAUUCCAGUCAUCAGCAUAUCCAGCCCUGAGAAAGUGCUACUAAGACAUGCCUGUGAGGAAUGGGGUGUGUUUCAUAUCACAGACCAUGGGGUCCCACUCUCGUUACUCCACAACGUUGAGUGCCAAAUGAAAAGGCUUUUCUCUUUACCCAUGCAUCGUAAGAUCCUAGCUGUUCGAUCACCGGACGAGUCAACUGGUUACGGUGUGGUUCGGAUCUCAAUGUUUUAUGAUAAGCUUAUGUGGUCUGAGGGAUUCUCCGUUAUGGAUUCCUCUCUUCGGCGUCACGCUACACUCAUAUGGCCCGAUGAUCAUGCCGAGUUCUGCAAUGUGAUAGAAGAGUAUCAGAAGGAAAUGGCAAAUUUGAGUCACAGACUAGUAAGCAUGGUGAUGGGUUCGUUAGGACUAACACACAAAGAAUUGAGAUGGCUUGUACCAAACAUAACUGGUUCAAGAACCGACUCGAGCCAAUCUUUUCUGCAGUUGAACUCCUAUCCGGUCUGCCCUGACCCUGAUCUAGCCAUGGGUUUAGCCCCUCACACUGACUCUUCCCUACUAACCAUCCUUUAUCAAGGCAACAUUCCAGGUUUAGAGAUUCAAAACCUACAGGCAGAAAAGUCGAGAUGGAUUGGAGUGGAGCCAGUAGAAGGAGGUCUUGUUGUCAUAAUGGGAGAUUUGUCUCAUAUCAUAUCCAAUGGACGGUUCAAAAGUACGAUGCACCGUGCGGUGGUGAACAAGACGCACCACCGUGUCUCAGCCGCAUAUUUCUCAGGCCCACCCAAGAACCUUCAGAUCGGUCCGUUGACUGCCGACACGGACCAUCCUCCUCUCUACCGCCGUUUGACAUGGGAAGAGUACCUUGCAGCCAAAGCAACACACUUUAACGAAGCCUUGAGUUUAUUUCGUUGCUGAAACAUAAAAUAAAAGUAACGUCUACUUUGGUUAUUGUUUAAUUUACGUCGUUACAUUUGUAAGAGUAUUCUAUGUGUUUCCUAUUUUAUGUCAAAGUUUCUACAAACAUAUGUUGAAGAGUUUUGUAUUAAGUAUUGUAUUUACUGUUUAGCUCAAUGUUGGGUUUCAUCUUUCGAUUUUUGUUAAUGAACAAGGAGGUUUGUACCCCCAACCGCCUUCGUUAA